AACAAUAAUAUAAUAAUGAUAAUAAAAAAGGGAAAAUAUAUAUCUCGCGAUCAGGCGGCGCGAUUCGCGCAUACAGAGAUCGGCCGAUCUCUAUCUCCGAGCACACGAGAGAUCCUAAAUAUAGUGACACACUAUGACAUUAAUUUGUUGAAUGGAAAGAUAGGUGCGUUCCUACUCGAGGGGGACCGAGUGUCAUUGUGGGGUAGAUAGUGACGGGGUACGGCAGAAAUCUCUGCAUUCGCGCGAGCCCUUCUUCGAAGAGUCGCGCUCGGCUGAGCGGUUUGCAAAAAAGGGUGAUCUCGCCCUUCUUCGGAAAUUCAUCUGCAUCUCCCACUAAAGAUCCCGGAAGUGAUCCUGCACUGUGAGGAUCGCGGAAGAAACUUAUAUUAGACAGGAUGUCGAGGACACAGGAAUAAGGAUCAGUGCGAGAAUACCGAGAAGUGGAAAAGAAAGGAUAUUUACAAGAAAAACGCAUAUUAUUGGAUCGCGCAAUUACUGCAAGAAACGUGUAGUACAUAUUGACGAGCUGGUCUUCACUCGCAACCGAUCGGUUAGGAGGAUGAGGUGAACCCUUCAAACCCGAUCUCAUCCCGCGAUUUCGUCGCUGCAAUAAAUAAUGCCUUCGAAAGGAUCGACCGGUCGGUCGGACCGGCCCAAGGUAGACAGAUCCACCAGUCCUCUGCCGCAUAAACCGGCGACGAGUUCAGUGAACCCCGUGCAAGAAUUGAAGGCUCUUUUCGUCGAACCCAGCGACAGAGAUCUCUCCAAUGGCGAAAAAGAUGCGGAUUUCCGAUUUGAGGCCAUACAAUGCCUGCGACAAUCCUCCAUCAUGAUGAUCAGAAGUCAUCUCCACGAUCUACCGGACCGAGGAAACUGGAGCAGUAAGAUCGAAUUUAUUUUGUCGGUCGUGGGAUUAGCCAUAGGUUUGGGAAACCUAUGGCGAUUUCCUUACCUCUGCUACAAGAAUGGCGGCGGUGCUUUCAUGGUGCCCUACUUCAUCGCACUCGCAUUGGCCGGUAUACCCAUGUUCCUGAUGGAAUUAUCCUUAGGACAAAUGUUGACAAUAGGCGGUCUAGGUGUCUUCAAGAUAGCACCGAUCUUUAAAGGCAUCGGAUAUGCGACCUGCGUACUUUCCUGCUGGACCAAUAUAUACUACAUCAUCAUCCUCGCUUGGGCACUUUUCUACUUCUUGGUCUCUUUACGAGCUGACGUACCCUGGAGAACGUGUGACAACUCGUGGAAUACGCGCUACUGCAUCACGCCCGAUGAACGUCUGAAUGUUACAUGCUGGCAGAACGAAUAUUGGCCGAACGACCUCAUAUGCUCUACGUCGUUCGGGAAUUUGAGUCACGAACUGCUGAAAGACCCGGUCAAGGAAUUUUGGGAGAGACGGACCCUGCAGAUUUCAACUGGUAUUGAAGACGUGGGUGGAAUAAGAUGGGAAUUAGCUGGUACGCUUGCGGUCGUAUGGAUAAUGUGCUAUUUUUGCAUCUGGAAAGGCGUCAAAUGGACCGGCAAGGUUGUCUAUUUCACGGCGCUCUUCCCGUAUGCACUGCUGGCAGUGCUGCUCAUGAGAGGCCUGACUCUUCCUGGUGCUGUGGAAGGUUUAAAAUAUUAUGCUACACCGAAUCUCUCGAAGCUCGGUGAUCCCGAGGUAUGGAUAGACGCAGUGACGCAAAUAUUCUUCACUUAUGCUCUCGGUUUAGGUGCCUUGGUAGCUCUAGGUAGUUACAACAAGUUCAACAAUAAUGUUUAUAAAGAUGCUCUCAUUGUAUGUGGAGUGAAUACUUGUACCAGUCUGCUCAGUGGAGUGGUGAUAUUCUCCGUAGGGUUUAUGGCCCACGAGCAACAAAAACCUGUAGCCGAUGUAGCUGCUUCUGGACCUGGUCUAGCGUUCUUAGUUUAUCCCUCGGCGGUAUUGCAAUUACCCGGGGCUUCGAUUUGGUCAAGUUUAUUCUUCUUCAUGCUCCUUCUGAUAGGAUUGGACAGUCAGUUCUGCACCAUGGAGGGCUUUAUCACCGCUGCCGUGGAUGAAUGGCCGCGACAACUCAGAAAACGGAAGGAAAUGUUCAUCGCGAUUGUAUGCCUAAUCUCCUAUAUAAUCGGACUUCUGUGCAUUACGGAAGGCGGAAUGUACGUGUUUCAACUCCUAGAUACAUAUGCUGUGAGCGGAUUUUGUCUGCUAUUUCUGAUGUUCUUUGAAUGCAUCUCAGUGUCGUGGGCAUUUGGAGUAGAUCGAUUUUAUAAUGGUAUACGUGACAUGAUAGGCUAUUAUCCUUGCUUCUGGUGGAAGAUAUGCUGGACAUUUACCACGCCUGCCAUUUGUGUGGGCGUUUUCAUCUUUAAUAUCAUCAAGUUUGUUCCUGUGAAAUAUCUCACAUACGAAUUUCCAUGGUGGAGCCACUUGUUAGGAUGGCUUGCAGGUCUCUCCUCGAUGUUGUGCAUUCCAGGUUACAUGAUUUAUAUCUGGAAUGUUACAUCCGGAACUACCUCAGAAAAAUAUCGGAAAUUGAUAAAAAUAGAAGACGAUGUUGCUGCUUUGCGAAAGAAACUCAAUCCAAUUAAAGCUGCUACCAUUGAUGCAGAGUUUGAGUUAUAGAAUAUCGUAUUGUGUCUUCUUCAAUGGAUAUUACAUAUAUGAUGGACUAUAAAACAUUAAUAAGAAACAUUUAAGCGCAUCGAGAUGUAAACGAUUUAAUAAUAAAUUCAGAUUUCAUUAUACUAGUAUUAAAAUAAGAUGUCAUAUUGUUUCAUUGACACUUCGAGCAAUGUCACAUCCAGUGAUACUGAUCAAAUUAAUAUAUCAUAUUUGUAGUUUAUUUCUAAAUACUAGAUCAUAAACAAAAAAGCAAAGGUGAUAUUCUUUAUAAUUUGUAUAACUAAUACAUUUUGAUUUCUUCUUCCUAU